AUGCAAAAAGUACGUCCUAUGAAUUUUAAUGAAUGGCCGUUAGUUAGUAUGUGGAUAUCUGUAAGUGAUUUGUUUGAGAAUAUUGAUAUCAAUAAAUUUAAAAGAAAUUUACCUCAUGUACUUAAACAAUAUACUCCAUUUAAGCUUUUUGCAAAAUCAGAAAAGACAAAUACAAAUGAUCAAAUGGAUAUUAAAAAAACUCCGUUUGGUUCAAAGAAUACUGAUGAACAGUAUUGGUGGUAUAAAGCAAAUGAUGACUGGUUAAUCCAAAAUGAAGAAGAAUAUUUAAAAGAAGUUCCUUUUGAAGAUAAAAGAGAAAUUCGUUUUACAAAUAAGAACCUUAUGACAACAUCAGGUCUUUUAUAUUACAUUGAAUGGAGUCAAAAAGGAAAUAAAUUUAGAAUAGAACUUUUUACUUCACAUUCUCUUUGUGAUGGCAGAACGAUAUUUAAUUGUUUUGAUGUUAUUAGAAGUGUAAUCACUGAAGAGAAGUGCACUUUUGAAGAUGAUCCACUUCUUGAUUAUGAUGUUACUUCAUAUUACUCAUUAACACAAGACCAAUUAAAUUCUAUACCAGAGGCAUGGCAUUUGGAAGAAGGGAGAUGGUACCCAGAUACUGGAUUUGAUGAGAAUGAAAAUAUAUGUCAAACAGUGUCAUAUUGUUAUGACAGUGUAAAUAAAUUUUGUCAUAAAUAUAAAGUUGGUAUUCAGUCUAUUAUCAAUACUUGUCAAACUCGUGCUUUUAAAAAAUUUUAUAAUUUACCUGAUAGUACUGAAAUAAUAAUUUGGUGUCCUACUGAUACUAGACAUUCUUUAUUUGCAAAUGAACCAAUUAAAAGAAGACAUUUUUAUGCAAAUAAUGGUGGUAGUUUUAUUAGAACAAAAGGAUAUGGUGAUCUAUUAAAAGACAUUAUUGAAGGAGAUAAAGCUGUAAAAGAAUAUACAAAAAGAUAUGAUUGUUGUUUGAAUGUGAUUAAUCAAGCAAAAGGAUUGUUGGACCGUCUUCCUUCAGUUUUUAAUAAAUCUCUUAUUGUAUCUAAUAUCGGAUCUAUCAGAGAAUUCUCUCAUCCAGAAUUUGCUCUUUAUUACCUUUUUAAUAAGAAUACAUACUGUAUUAAUAUGUACUCAUUCCAUAAUGAUGAAACCAUUUAUUUCAUGUAUGCUAGACCAUUAAAAAUAAAUUCAGAAUUAUUAGACUUAAUGUUAAAUGAACUUAAUAACAUCAUGAAAUUUAUUAACUCAGUAGUUGAUUAA